AAAUUCUUCUAAUUGUUUAGAUUAAAAUGUCAAAUCCUAAUUUAAUUGAUGGAUCUGGUUAAUCUAAUUAUGGAAAACCAGGAUCAACCUCCAUGUUAUGAAAGUCUUUUCUCCGAUGUGGAAAACUCCCACCAUCAACAUUUCAGGAGAUUCAGUCUUCAACCGAAUCAGAAUCAAACUUUCUUCUACAAGGUUUUUACUAUAGAGAAUACCAUUGAUACAAAACAGAAGAAGAAAAUGGAGGUAGCUGCAUACUAUGGAGAAUUAGAUCAUAAAUCUCGAAUUAACGGCGAAGGCAGCCUGGUGUGGAAUUCGGGGGAAUUUUAUCAGGGAACGUUUAAAAAAGGCUGUAUACAUGGUAAUGGAACAUUAUGCGUACCAAGAACAAAUGAAGUAUUUUCUGUGGAAGCUAGAAAAAACAAGAUUUUGAAGAAGACACUGCUACAAAAUAUAGAGAUUAAGGACUAUUACAUUAAAGGGACUGACUGGCAUCAACCCGAACCUAUGCUCUGA